AUGACAAUAGCAAAAGCGAUCCGCAAUGUUCACGCACUCGUAACCACGGGCCUUCGUCCAUUGAUACCACUUGGAAUAUUAAUUGCAUAUACGUUAAUUGGCGCAUUUGUAUUUAUGAACGUGGAAGGUCCCAAUGAGCGUCGUGAUAUUGAAUUACACCAACGUGAACAGCAUGAAUUAUUUGAA